GAUCCGAGCGCCCCGCUGGUUUCACCCCUCAUCAUCUACCGUUCCCCUCUCUCCCUCGUGCCUUCCUUUCCUGCCGGCGACGACUGGGCGAGCGGCUGCGGCGGCGCCCUGCGCCCGUCUUCGCCGGCCCUUCGCCGGCGACGAGCACCCACCAGGUUAUUGUUCUUCGACGUGCAAGAUCAAUCCACCCGAGGUGCUGCUGCAGAUUGUUUUCCAAAAAUUUUGGUGUUCAGCUGAACCCCCAUGCCCCACGUUACGUCAGCCUUGUGAUUUGGCGUGCUUUGUUAAACGGUCAAUCACCUCUGAAUUGGAAAUCUUGGCUGCAAGAACCAAUGGACGUUAAAGGUCUUGAGGGAGAUAAGCUGGAGAAUAGGCUCUAUGUUGGGAAUCUGGACUUCAGGAUAUCAGAGUCUGAUGUUAUCAAGAUGUUUGCCCCCUUUGGAAAGAUUGCAGCAGAGGAUUUCUUGUGGCACACACGUGGCCCAAAGCAAGGUGAACCCCGGGGCUAUGCCUUUGUUCAAUACACCACCAAGGAGGAAGCUCAGUUAGCAAAGGAAAAGAUGAAUGGCAAGUUAGUCUGUGGACGUCCAAUGGUGGUUCACCUGGCUAGUGAGAAAAGCUCUCUAGACUCUGGUCCUUCACAAAGAGCACUCAAAGACAAGAAACUGACAGGGGGUUCAGCAAGCAGAUCAGUACAAACUGAUCGCGCUGCAAAGGUAUCUGCCAUAAAAAGCAAGUUAAAAUCUCUUGAGGAAGAAGGGUGCAGCACAAAAAAACCAAGACUCACACCAAAUGACUUGACAGGCACUAGGGAACACUCUCAUAAGAAGUUUUGAACUGAGUUUUCGAGUUCUUCAGAAUGUUUGGGAGUUUGCAUCCUCUCACGCUGGUGACACUUCUAAAGCUGCUGCCAUUCUAUAUGGUUUUAGCUUUAGGAAGCUAGCCACACCAUAUGUGUAACAUUCCACUGUUUUGGAUAUAUGUACAACAGCUUGUACCAAUUACCUGUUUCUGAAUCAAUUUGUCGUUUUGAUAUGGGAAUCAGUGUGGCAAUAUAUUGCGUUGGCAUUGAUAAUGUGCU